AGCUACUGCUAAAUUGUGCUAGUCCAUUAACACAUCAGAAAUGGAAGACUACACACUGGAUGAGCUGAAGAAGUUUGUACUCGGCGAGAUCCCACUGCCUGAGCAUAUGACUCAAGAGCAAGCUUUGGAAAUGUUUGCGCAGCAAAAAGUUAACGAGGCUAUGCAGAAAGAAAGACAAAAGCCCGAGGCGGAGAAGGUGCAGGACGUGCGCGCAGUGCUGCAGCAGUAUGCUGGAACGUCUGUUGAGCUGGGUGACUCUAAGUUCAUGAACGCAGUCACUGAGGCUCUGGGCAUCCGUGGGAAUAGAGGCUAUGAAAAGCAGGCCUUCCUGUUCAUUAGAGAGCACUUCAAGGAUGUUGAAGUUAAAGAUGACAAAUUCGUGUGUGGAGCCAUGCAUCAGACUCUGUGUGAACUGCUGGGUGACGGCAUGCACACAUGCAGUCAUCUCAUGCGAGCCCCACACACUGGCACUCGUCCAAUGACUCUGGAUUAUGUAAUCCUCAUCCUGACAAUGACAACAGCCUGGCAAACUCAGCCGCUGCCGGCAGAGACCAGCAGCACUCCCCUCUCCACAAUGUUCAUGAAGGGCUGCUGUCUCUGCAACGUGCAGUGGCCAACCGCCUCAUCACCCACAAGCAGCAGGUCCAGCGGGCUGUUCAGCAUGCGCCAUAUGCCCGCGCAGAUGCUGCGGAUUGUGGCGGGACUGCGGUGGUUGUGA